AUGGAAACAACUACUCAUAUUGGCGUUGUUAUACGGCUACGUCCCCUUUUACCUGACGAGAUUUCAUCAGGCCACAUAAAUUCUCGUAUAAACUGUGAUCUUCUAAAUCAGCAAAUAACGUAAUCGCUAUCAAGAUUAUCUUCACCCGACAUGAGGCAAUAUAAACGAUUUCAAUUUGACCAAAUCCUGGAUGAAACUGUAUCACAAGACGAAGUCUUUGAAAAAUGCAAUCUCGAGCUUUUAAUUAAAAAAGUUAUUGAAGGCUUUAAUGCCACAAUUUUUGCCUAUGGGCAAACAGGGUCUGGCAAAACGUUCACAAUGGAAGGUUACCAAUAUGAUAAUUCGCUUAAACCAAUAAUCAAAGUAAAUUCAUAAGCAGAAUGAUGAAAAUAUAGGAAUUACCCCAAGAAUAAUAAAAGCUUUAUUUAAUGAAAUACAAGCUGCCCCUUCACAUGUAGAACAUACAGUUUAUUGCACGUUUAUUCAGAUCUACAAAGAAAAAAUUUAUGAUUUAUUAAACCCUGCACAGUUAAAAGCUGGAAAUUUAGGCUUGAAAUUAAGGUGAAAUAAACAAGAAGAAUUUUAUGUCGAAAAUUUGUGUGUGCAUCCAUGCUAUAGCCCACAAGAAGUGCUCUCUCAUUAUCAUGCAGGCUUAAAAAACAAAAUAAUGGCUGCCCAUAACUUGAAUUCUACAAGUUCUCGGUCCCAUUGUUUAUUGUCGCUGACAAUAGAAGCUGUAGAUACUGAAUCUGGAGGAAUUUUGACAAGUAAAUUACAGCUGGUCGAUUUAGCAGGUAGUGAAAGGGUAUCGUUGACUGGAAAUGAAGGCUUAGCUUUAAAAGAAAGCAUUGAAAUAAAUAAAUCUUUGUUUACGCUGAGGCAGGUCAUUACUACACUUUCUAAUAUAAAAGAAGGGGAUGGGGCUCAUGUGCCUUAUAGAGAUUCUAAAUUGACAAGUUUGCUAAAGCAAAGCAUAGGAGGGAACAGCUUCUGCUUAAUGGUCGCUUGUUUGGCAGCGUCUGAUAAUUAUUAUGAAGAAAAUUUAAGCACAUUGGCAUAUGCAAGUAAAGCGAUAGGAAUUUCUAAUGACCCUGUGAAGAAUAUUGACCCAAAGUCCAAACUUGUGAAGAGAUUAAGGGUAAUUGUGAUGUAGAAAGAAAUAAAAGAGCUAAAAAAUGAGCUUUCUGAAGCGUAUCAGCAGAUUGAUUUGCUAUCGGAGCUUGCAAUUUUGGAAAAAGGGGAACAAGCAGUGAAGCUUAAAGAGAUGGAAAAUUUGCCGAUGAGGUCAAACCACAUGCAGAGGAUACAUGCGCUGAGAAGUAAUCUUGAGUCUGCACAGUCAAAUAGGGCCCAAACAUCUCAUUCCCUCCCAAUUUCCCCUCCAACAGCCCCUGUUAGGUCUAGAGACUCUGAAAUGCAUUCAAGUUUUAUAUACACACCUGAAAUAUUAAGCAAUAAACUUCAUGAAAGCGUAAAAAUGAUCCGCGACGAAAUGGACAAAAAUCGUCGACUUAACGAAGAAAUCCGUGAGCUUGAAUCUAUCAACAAAAACCAAGAAUCAGAAAUCUCACAUGUAAAUUUUAUUUAGCUACAAAAUGAAAAUCAAGAGCUACAAGAAAGAGUAGAAAACGUAGAGUCUGGGAUAAAAGAUAGAGAAAAUGAAAAAGGGUCAAUAGAAAUAAUGAAGCUUAAGCAGGAAAGAGAAGAGCUAGAAAAAAGAAUUUUGCAGCUUGAAAGCGAGCAUAAACAAAUCCAAACCGUUUUUCAGCCUGUUCUAAAGGAGAAAAAAGAAAAACCAGACUUAGGCUGAAAAUCCAAAAGGACCAUUGUGAGGGCUCGUAAUUCUUAUACAGAAUCCCCUGCACCCAGACAAAUUAUUGCAUUUUUAGGGGAAAGGCCACGCGAUUCUGGGAUGAAUUUUCAAAUAAAAAACGCCAAAGGAAGACCUAUGGGAAGAGUAAAAAUGGAUAAAUCAUUUGAAAGCACAAAGCCAGAAUCACAAGAAAAUUCAUUGGACACCUCAAUAAAAGAUGAAGCAUUUUUAGCAUUAUCACAUAUGCUAUAUAAGCCAAAAAGGCAUAAAUAUCAAUAUGUGUAG